GCUGGACCACGUGAUUUUCUUCGGGAACUUUCCAGUAUCACCGAGGAGAACUGAUCACUCUUCAUCUCUCAGAUUUUUUUUCACUCCUUUUGCUCUAUAAAAUCCCCACCCCGCUUCCCAUUUCUAUGUAUUCUCCUUGCGCUUUCAUCCUGCAAGAUCAAGAACAAGGCUAAAAUCUUUAUCUUUGAUACAAUUUUUAAUACAAUCGAUCAAUGUUUUGAAAUUUUGCGCGGUAAAGUGGUGAUGAUGAUGGAGACGGAGCACGGACAGAGGGGGACGCUAUCUUAUUAUACCAUUCUUGGUGUGAGUGCGGAUUCUUCCAUUGAAGAUAUAAAACGAGCGUAUCGUAGGCUUGCUAUGUUUCUACUUUCGAGGUUUAAAAUGGUACGAAUGAGGGAAUUUGGGAUUUUUCGGGUUGUAUUUUGGGUGCAGCAAUGGCAUCCUGAUAGGUGGACAAAAACCCCUGCCUUGUUAAGUGAAGCCAAACGUAAAUUCCAGCAAAUUCAGGAGGCCUAUUCAGUGUUAUCAGACCAAAAGAAGAGGGCAUUGUAUGAUAUAGGAUUUUAUGACCCUGAAGAGGAAGAAGAUGAGGGAUUCUCUGAUUUCGUGCAAGAAAUGUGGUCUCUCAUGGCACAGAACAAGAGAGAGGACAAGAACUAUAGCAUGGAGGAGCUGCAAACAAUGUUCACGGAAAUGGUACAAGGAUUUGAAUCUUCUUUGUCAUACUAUGGAUCUUCCAUUUUUGAUUACCCUGGACAGUCGAAAAGGGCGUGGGGUGAUUCAAAACCAGUGAUGGAUAGCAGUGGUUCACAUUUUGGAGUAUCAAGCUGGGGAUGUAUGGAACAAGCAGUUAUUGCAACUAGGGGAUCCCAUUUUGCUCUUUCUGGCCGGAAGUUAUUGUGAUGAUGGAGAGAAGGACAAAUAUUUGAUUUUGUUCCUCAUUUUGUGUGGACAUUGAAUGGAAUUAUCAGUUAUGUAUAUGAGUUGUGACACAAUUUUGGAGAAAGAUGAUUGUGUGAAUCAUUGGAUUGGUGUUUUGUGCUUAAGGUUUGGCCAUGAUUGCAUUUCUUGAGAGGCACACGUGCGCCUACUCUUUUCAAUGUUAUGGUGGGUGCUAGACUAAUUAUGCCGAAACCCGGGCUGCCAACUAUUGGGCCUGGAAAUUAGCCAUAUGCAAAUGUUAUACAGAAUGGAUUUUAUAGAUUUCUGAAUUUACGUUUGUCCUUA